CACGUGUUGAGGCUCAUAUCAUUAUACACCAUGGCCUCGAGUACAGUACAGUGACCGGUCGAGGACAUCGAAUCUUCAUGGUUGUCGACGACGAUGGGCUGAUGCAAGCCCUGCGCGUCAUCUCAUGGAUCUUCGGGUGGUCAAACUUCAUCGCGUGGACCAUCUCGUUCUUCCCCCAGGCCAUACUCAACUGUCGGCGACGGACCACUCAUGGUCUGAUGCCAGACUUCCCCUUGCUCAACUGCUUUGGGUUUUUCUGCUACACCCUGUCGACGGCCUUGUUUCUGUAUUCGUCCACCAUCAGGCGUCAGUAUGCUAUCCGCCAUCCGGCGUCUCCUGAGCCUACGGUACGCUUCAACGACCUGGCCUUUGGCUCGCUCGGGCUCGUCAUGAGCGUAGUGUGCUAUUCGCAGUUCUGGCCUCGUCUCUGGGGAUGGGAUCCCGGUGCCACGAUUCAUCGACGCAUCACGAGAGUCACGCUGGCUUUGAUUUAUGGCGGCUUCUUUGCCAUGUCCAUCCUCGCUAUCAUGGUGCUGGCAAUGGGGAAUGACACUACGGGCAAGGGCUGGUCGUGGCUUGACGCCGUAUAUGGACUGAGCUACGUCAAACUUGUAUAUACCGUAUUCAAGUACGUUCCACAAGUUGUGUCCAACUUUCGGCGGAGGUCAACGAUCGGAUGGUCUAUCCAGCAACAACUAUUGGACUUUACUGGAGGAGUUUUGAGCUUGUCGCAACUAAUCAUCGACAGCAGCAUGCAGCGAGAUUGGUCAGGGAUUACGGGCAAUCCUCUGAAGCUGGGUCUGGCUAACAUAUCGGUGAUAUUCGAUAUCAUCUUUAUCGCGCAGCAUUUCGUGCUCUACGGCCCUGUGGAGGAAGAAAGCAGCAGAUGCACCUUUGGACAAGCAAGAACUUCCGCUUGUGCGACAUAUGGUAUUCCUGAAGAGACUACAGCUGCAAAGCAUCAAGUCCGGACGGGAAGUCUGUCUGAGGAUGCGCAUGAACCCCUACUUCAUAGUCUGCAAAGAUAGCGCACGCUGCAAAGCGGGCCGGAAGGAUGUUUCGAGUAUCGUGAUCUGUCCUGUCCGGAGGUAGAUGAGGAGUUUGCAUGGCGCCGCUUGGAGUGGCGCCAGUACUGCUAUUAGUCCCUGGCGAGCUACCUCUACCGACAGACAAGAGCUAGCAACUACCUAGGAGGUAUAGUAUCUCAGAUGAAUAUCUCGAUGAAUCACGCAGCACCUCAGCUCCCCGGGCCGUCGAACGCUGUCCUCGUCUACCGAAAUCUCGGCCCAGCUUGUCGGUCGUACCUACCCAUUGGCCUCCAUGCCUUGAAUGGCACUUGGCACCUUCCUCGGGUCCUGGGCUGGUUCACAGAAUGAUCGACUUGACAACCUGGUACACGUCAGAUGACAUAUGAACACUUCUCUACUUUGGAGAUCAGAACUGAUGCAUACCUGUACCUCCUACCUUUACAGUCUUUACUA